AUGAAUAAGUUAGCUGCACGAUACAACGUGAUUGGGCUGGACGUAAAUGUUGAAGAAUAUGUUGAGUCAACUGCGAUAACGUACUUGAUGGAUGUGAUAUACUGUUGGUCAAAGGGAGCCAAUUUUUCCGAGGUUAUACAAAUGACCGAUAUAUUUGAGGGAAGUAUUAUAAGACUGUCAAGAAGGCUUGAUGAGUUUCUAAAUCAGUUGAAAGCUGCUGCUAGUGAAUCUGGAGAACAUGUUUGCAGAGGCAAGUGCCAACUCCCUUUACUUGUAGCUGCGAUGGUUGCAUCAUCCGACAAAUUAUACAAGCCUUCAAAUUGUAGUCCAUUGUAUAAAUGUAAGAUCUUUGUGUUUACAAAAUUUAGGAAGCCAUUAAAGAGUUAUGAAUAAGCAUAUUCUCCAUACCUUUUAAUUGUAAUCUCAGUUUUGACCAAGGGUAGGUUUCAAAUGGAAUAUUGUUUUGUUUUUUAGCUAUUUGAUACUCCUAACUUGUCGCUA